AUGUUCAGUCUAUUGUCAUCUUCUUCUAGUUUACCUCUAGCUCCUACACUUACUAUGAAUGAUGACAGCAUGACUACUAGGGGUAGAAGAGGAAUUUACAAGCCAAAAUCUUAUUUUGCUACUAAACACCCACUUCCUGUUGCAUUUUUAUCUACAAUUCCUACUUGUAUAACUGCUGCUAAAAAAGUGGCAGUUUGGAGAGUUGCUUCUGUUAAUGAGUACACUGCUCUGAAAAAUGCUGGCACUUGGUCUCUGGUACCACUAGAAGACAAUCAAAACAUCAUUGGAUGCAAGUGGGUCUUUAGAAUAAAAUACAAUCUUGAUGGCAGUAUUGACAGACAUAAAACAAGACUUGUUGCUAAAGGCUAUCAUCAGUAG